GGGGGAGGAGCCGCACGCGGUACUUCGACAUUGACGGGAGGCUGUGACUGCAAGAGGGUUCCGGUGCGUUCCAUCGUGCAGUGUUUGCAGGUUAACAUCCACGCCGGAGUCAUCAGCAUCGUUCACAUCUUUCGCAGUCACCGCCACUGUCAUCGGCGUCAUUACGACACUAUAAUCAUGGUGUUGAUCUUCAUCAGUGCGAUUGGCAAAGUCAUGUUCGGCACCAAUAUCGUUCCACGAUAAUUAACGUCAGUAUCAGCACCAACAUCGUAAAUACACUUUUCUCUAAUAAUAACCAUCAUCAUCACCAUCAGCAUCAUAACACCGGCACUUUAAUACUCAGCACAGUAUUAUUAGAAUCGUCGAACGCAUCAUCACAAUCACCACCACCUUGACCAUCAAUACCCUCCACUCUAAUUCACAUCAUCAUCAUCAUCUUCCAAGGGUCAGCAUUACAAUAAUUGACAUCAUCUGUUCAUCUGGUGCUCAGCGCUCCCAUUCGCUGUCGGUCAUUCUCAAUGACGAUGUCGGUUGUCUACUCAAAACUGUCGUGGUAGGAGUCUGCAACCCACGUACAGGGAGAGCGUUAUUUCAACACGGACUGGCGCCAUGAACAGCAAGCGCCACUCCUUCAUCGGCCGCUACGACGAUUUCCCCGAGGUCACCGUCCUCAACGGCUUUGGGCCCCGGGGCUCCGGCGAGUCGGGCCGUACCCUCUCCCUCGAGGCCCGGCUGAGCCCCCAGCCGGGAGACCGCGGCUCCACCGCCGCCGGCGGCGGCACCGGCGGCACCGGCGGAGCGGGCCCGUGCUCGAGUCGCUGGAGCGCCCGCGAGCUCUUCCUGCUGUCCACGUGCGCCCUCGCCCUGGGGCUCUGCGUGGUGCUGGGCUGUGUGCUGCUGCUCAGGCACAUCUCGGAGACGCGACCGCCGGCACCGCCGGCACCGCCGCCGCCGCCGGCGCCGCCGCCGCCGUCCGGCAGCGGCAACCAGCGGUGGCCCGCGUCGUCCGCGUGCAACCCCAGGGGCCGCUGCUUCGCCAAGGCGGCGCGUUUCGUGGCGCACAACGUGGACCCCUCGGUGGACCCGUGCGCGGACUUCUACGCGUUCGCAUGCGGCGGCUGGCUGGCGAGGCACUCCAUACCCGAGGACAAGCUGAGCUACGGCCUGGUGACGGCCAUCGCGGAGCAGAACGAGGACAAACUGGCCAAGCUCCUGCACGGCCCCAUCGUGGCCCGAGGAGCCGCCGAGCAGCGGGACGCCUCGCCCAGGUCGCCGCUGGCGGCGGCACGCUCGUCGUCAAAGUCGCCCUCGAAGAAGUCGUCGUCAAAGUCAUCGGCGGUGGAAGCGCCUUCAUCCAUGUCGUCGUCAUCUGCAGCGGCGGCAGCAGCAGCAGCAGCAGCAGCAGCGUCAUCGACAGCGUGGUCCUCAUCGUCGUCGUCAUCACCGCCAUCCCCAUUAUCUGCAGAGCACAAAGCCAAGGCGUUCUUCCGCUCGUGCAUGGACAUGGAGGAACUGGAACGGCUGGGCGGGGAGCCCAUGCUGGAGGUGAUCCGUGCGUGCGGUGGCUGGGACGUGCUGGGCUCCUGGAGGCCCAGCAGCUGGAACUUCGACGAGCUGCUCUUCCGAGCGCAGGGCAUGUUCAGCACCUCCGUCUACUUCUCCAUCUCCGUGAACGUCGACGACAAGAACUCCAGCCGCAACAUCAUCCGGAUAGACCAAGAGGGACUCACCCUACCUGAGCGGUCCCUCUACCUGGGACAGGAUGAAGAGAGCCUCAAGGUGAUCAAGGCCUACAAAGUGCUGAUGAACAAGAUCACCACCCUGCUGGGAGCCAGGAACGCCAGACACAAGCUGGAGGACGUCUUUGAGUUUGAACAACAGCUGGCCAACAUCACAUUGUCAGAGUCAGACCCCUUGAGACGGGACAUCAAUAACAUGUACAACAAAAUGAAAUUGAGGGACCUUCAUCAUUUGGCUCCAGCUAUCAACUGGAGGCAAUUUCUGGAGCAGAUUUUUAGAAAGCGGAUUUCAGAAGAUGAAGAAGUCGUGGUUUUAGCUACGACCUACAUCAAGAAACUCUCCCAUCUCCUCUCUACCACUCCUGUCAGGGUGCUGCACAACUACAUGCUGUGGCGCGUCGUCAUCGUGCUGAGCACGCACCUCUCGCCGCCGUUCCGCGCCGCGCUGCACGACUUCUCGCGCGAGGUCGACGGCGCCGAGAAGGAGGUGGACCUGGAGCGCCUCUGCCUGGCGCAGGCCAACAAGUACUUCGGCAUGGUGCUCGGCGCGCUCUUCGUCCGCGAGCACUUCUCCCUGCACAGCAAGCAGAGGGUUCAGCAGAUGGUGGAGGACAUCAAACAUGCCUUUGACCAGCGGCUGGAGGAGCUGGGCUGGAUGGAUGAAAAGACUAAGGACGCAGCACGAGGAAAGCUGCAGUACAUGAUGGACAUGAUUGGCUAUCCCGAGUUUCUUGGGAGGAUGGACGAAGUCGAUAAGGAAUACGGAUUUGAAGUCAACGAGAAGUCGUAUUUCAAGAACAUCCUCAACAGCAUCGAGUUCAACAUCAACGUGUCGAUACACAAGAUUCAUCAGAAGGUGGAGCGCAACGUGUGGCUGCUGCCUCCUCAAACUCUGAACGCAUAUUAUCUGCCCACUCACAACCAGAUGGUCUUUCCAGCUGGUAUCCUCCAGCCCACGCUCUAUGACCCUGAGUUCCCACAAUCCAUGAACUAUGGGGGAAUUGGGACCAUCAUCGGGCAUGAGCUCACGCACGGAUACGAUGACUGGGGCGGGCAGUAUGACAGACACGGAAAUCUGAAGCAGUGGUGGACGGCGGAAUCGUACGGCAAGUUUCUGGAGCGAACAGAAUGCGUCGUGAAGCUGUACAACAACUUUACCAUCAACAAGCAGAACGUGAAUGGAAAACUAACGCUGGGAGAAAACAUUGCUGACAUGGGAGGACUGAAGCUCGCGUAUCAUGCUUAUCAGAAGUGGGUGCGUGAGAAUGGACCCGAGCCUCCCCUGCAGGGCAUGGCCUACACCCACGAGCAGCUCUUCUUCGUUGCCUUCGCACAGAACUGGUGCAUGAAGAGAAGACCGCAGUCCCUCUACCUUCAGCUGCUCACAGACAAGCACUCUCCCGAGAACUACAGGGUGCUGGGCAGCGCGUCUCAGUUCGACGAGUUCGGCAGGGUGUUCCACUGCCGGCGAGGCUCCCCCAUGAGUCCUCAGCACAAGUGCUCCGUGUGGUGACGAAAACGACCGUGUACCACCACCCCCCCACCCUCCCCGUGUUCAACCCAGCCGCUCGUGUAUGCGGGCAUCGGCCAGAGAGGGGGGGGGGGGGCGCUGCUCGGGCUCGCGGGUGCGAUGAGUUCGACUCCCGAGUUUGCCCCCCCCCACCCCCCCCCCCCGAUCGUUGCGUUCUUCGGAUGUAUUUCAUUGUUGAAGGGAGCAGAGCAAAUGUCAGGUGUGUUCCGAUGAACGGUAAUGUUGGGCUGGGUGGCUCAAAGCGAGGGCUUGUGUCUUUGGAUUAACGCUCGCGAGAAAGAGGAUCAUGCACGUGGUUAGUUUGGCGGUCAUAGCCCGCUGGCACUGGUAAUUUGCACAAGUCUCAAUGCGUGUUAAUUAUUGUCAGUGGCAACCAAUGCUGGCAUGGGAUUUGGAGAGUAUGCAUUUGUCCCAUAAAUGGUAGACAUUCCACAUUCCAAAGGCAUGGACCAGUCUGUCCUGAGAACAACUGCAGAACGAGAAUCUAUUCACGAGGCACCUUGAAACUAAACUUGAGCUACAAGGUGCAAGGUAUGACGGAAGAGCGAUGAUGUAACAGUGUUGAAAGUGAACAUAAUUUAAGCGGGUAAAUAACAAGCGUACUGUGCUAUGAACUCGGUGCCACAUGUUCGAUUCCUGACCACGGUCAUCACAAUUGGCGAGUGAUAGCGACACCGGUCCUGGCUUUCCUACGUUUGCCAACUCGCACUGACCAGCGUGGUGAAGUAGGGUCAAACAACAUCCAUGGUCAAAAUGGUGCGGGGAAGCCUUCAUCAGUGGAUUGACAAAAAUGAUUCGUGGGAAAUAGCAGACAGUGACCACCAUCGCCAGGGCACCAUUCGUUGACCCAUCCCAGGGUGGGUUUGACAUCUGGAAAAUGGCCCCAAUGCAAAAGAGAAACAAGUAGGUUCAUAUCUGCAACAGAUACACAGUGCCAGGAUCAUCGUGAGAAGCGCUGGCUUUAAUUCCUUGCUCAGUAUUUCCAUGACUAUGGCAUUCAAACUGUUUCUUCGUGUGCUGUAUUUGAACAAUAGCAAAUGGAUAUGUCGUGUUUGUAUAUAGGUGCUUACAGAAAAGUCGCAAAUCCCCUCUCGCGUACGGGCGAAGUGAAUCGUGAUAAGCGCCGUGUUAAAACCGUACGUUUCAUUAAAAAAACAAACGCUUGCCCUUGCUCGCCUUGAGCGAUGUGUGGGCAUUCCUGGGGCAAUUAAAAUGUACUCGUUAAACAGAUCGCUGGAUAAAACCUGAGAAUCUGCGCUGCGACUUUUAUUACCCCAGUUGGUGACGUUGGUUAACAUGCACAUUGCCAUAUUACUGUGCACAAAACCGCCGACUGUUAAUCUAGCCGGCUUAUUGCUACGUAUCGAUAACUAUAUUUGUACCUCCGCUAUAGCUGAUUUAAUUAUGAAUUAAUAAUUCGGCGUCAUUGUGGAGAAUGUUGAUAAUUAUUGAAUGCCUUCUUUCCAUGUUUGCCUCUCCAGAUACAUAAUUUAAGUAUUUCACCCACGUCCUUCUGGGAAUUCAUCUGUUCAGCAGCAUUGGUUGAAAUACCAGCAAGCAACCUUCACUCUGCUGAUGAGACACCGCAUGUCAAAACCGGUGCAGUGUUUGCUUGUAUUAAAACGAUGAUGUUGAGAAAAUUCGCUCCCAGAAGGCCGUGUGACCGAUGAGGAUGUGUAAGAAAAGCUUUUAUUUUUUUUACAUGGAGGGACAUGUAAAGAAGGUGUUGUUUAUCUUUUUUAGGUAAUUGAGGUUGUGUUGCUGCUAUACAAAGCAAGCCGUGCCAAUUGUUGUAAAGUGAUACGCACACAUAUUCCAUCAGCUGACGUAUGAUCAAUGCCCGUCAUGUUAAUGGCAGCACUGUUAAUUAAAGGUCUACUCUUAUGGUUGGUUACCCAGGUUAGUUUUUUUUAAUUAUUACAAUAUAUAUUGUGUGUAAAACCCCAGUCCCUUAAAUAAAUGAGCAUUGUAUUUAUUGUUGUCCAAAGAUUGUGGCCAAAUUUUCACCAAUUUGAUGCGUAAAAAAAAAACACAAUUUUAGCAAUGGCAUACAAAUGCUUGAUGUAUUUGGUGGCUCGUUAUCAAAUGUAAUUUUCUACACUGAAGACGACCAGAUUGUGGAGAGAACAGGAAAGCACGCUGAUGGAAAAUGUCCGCAGGAAAAUACAUUGUUAAACCAUCAUUCUGCUAAUUACAGUAUAAAAAUACUGCGUGAAUUUUAACUAAAAGACAAUUUACAUCGACUGUACUUUCGUUUUUUGUGGCUGGAAUAGCAGAACUCAUGAUCGAUGGAUUUGCAUUGGAGUAGACUUUUAAAGGGAGCAUGCCUUUAUUAUAUUUUUGAUGAAUUUUCGAGUGCUUUUACUAUUUCAUGUAAUGUAUAUAAAACAAGAUGGGGGGUUUAUUGAAGAUAUUCCAUUGUAUUUUACUUAGAUGAUUAAGGCAAAAAAAUACAUACAAAUAAUUGUUUAAUGCAUAAAUCACGAAAAUAUGUAAUAUUUGCCUUUCUGCUAUGCAUUGCAACAUUAUACAAAAUAACAUGAAGUGAAACCUUGUUGUAACCUUCCCACGUGAAUUUUCGAAUUACCUAACAUCCCAUUUUUUUAAGUCCCCUCCAAAAAAACACAUUUACAUAAAGUGUGUUCCCCUAUUUAACAUUUUCCCACACGGAACAUUCUAUUUCGCUGGUAUUCUGAGAAACAUUACCUAGAGGCUUUGCUACAUUUUAAAAGGAAAAUGCAGCGUG